AUGGUAGAGAUACAAGCCAGACUGCAGUGGAUUGAGAAGUUGCAAGUCUGGGGUGGGUGUUCACGACAAAUCCUGGGGGUCCCUGGACGUAUAGGAGAUGCUCUCGGAGAUAACGAGAAGGUUGCUGUGAAAGCAGGGGUUAAAGCUUUCACUGGGGCUAUCUCUGCUGGCUGUUAUUGGUGGAAAGCAGAUCUGUGCGGUGUGUUGCGGCUGACCCGAGGAGAACCGCAGUGGAGCCAUGGGCGCGGGGAGCUCCACAGUGACGGGGCCGCCGGGGUCGCCGCAAGAUGCAGCCGAGCCGGGAGCCGCAGGGGCCCCGGUGCUGGCGGAGCAGGAGAACGGCAGCCCCUCUACCGAGACUGCGGCUACAGCUGCAGCAGCUGCACCGGAAUCUCCGGGGGACCGCGCCACCGGCGCAGCCCCGCCUCCCCAAAGCCUCUACAGAAGAAUGGACAGAUAAGCAGCAUUAAUGAAAUACCAGAAGGACAAGGAGGAGACCCAAAUAAACAGCAGGAAGAAGCAGUUAUCUUAGACGUUGGACAGAGAGACUCUGAAAACAUGAUUGAAAAAGAUGAUGUGGAUAAUACUCUGGUAGCUACGUCAGCAUCUAGUGUGCAGGAUGUUCAGGAGACUGUGCAUGAAAUAAUUGAGCAAAUGCCUUUGUCAGAAGAUAAUAUAGAACAGUUGGAGCAACCUACAGAAUCACAAUCUAAUGAUGUUGGAUUUAAAAAGGUGUUUAAGUUUGUUGGCUUUAAAUUUACUGUGAAAAAGGAUAAGAAUGAUAAGUCUGACCCUGUUGAAUUACUCACAGUCAAAAAAGAUGAAGAUGAUGGUGUAGAAACAAAUGGAGCUGAUGAGCAUCAAGAUUCUGGUUUAGAAAAUGAAGCUUUACCUAAAGAGACCGAAUCGACCCAGUUAGUUGGGACAGAUGAAGAAAAUCAGAGAGACAGUGCCGAUCCUGAGGAAGGCAAGGAUUCUGAGGAAGAGAAACCAGAGAAAGUAGGCAACAAAUCUUCUGAAUCUGAAAGUAUGUCAUCAUUCAAAAAGUUUUUCAGUCUCGGUUGGGCUGGCUGGAGAAAAAAGACCAGUUUUAGGAAAUCUAAAGAGGAUGAGCCAGAGAUUUCUGAGAAGAAAAAGGAGCAAGAGGUGGGGAAAGGAGAUGUAGUUGAAAUUUAUGAAGGGAAGAAAGAGGAUACUACUGAACAGUCAACUGUUUCUGAACAUCUACCCCCUCAGGAGGCCAUUGAAAGCAUAAAAGAUUCCAGUGUGUCUGAGAAUGAAAAAGUACAUAGUUCUCCUGAAGAUCAAGUUCAAGAAGCACAAAUAUCUUCUGAAGAGAAAGCUGCUCCUUUAGCCACAGAGGUGUUUGAUGAAAAAGUAGAGACGGUAGCAGAAGUUCAUGUAAGUACUGUGGAAGAGCAAGAGCAAACAGAAGAUCAGAGUGCUGAGGCAGAACAGGUUGGUGGGUCUUUGUUCCUUGCAGCAGCUGCAACGAAUGCAGAUUUGCAGAAAGCUGAAGUGACAAAGAAGGUGGUCAAGACCAAAGAACUGGUGGGUGCCUCUGGAGAUGACUGCGUUAAACUAGUUGAAUUAAGUCCUGUAGAAUCAGCUUUGUGUCAGCCACCUGAGGGCAUCACAAAUGAGGUAGAAAUACUGUCCUCACAAGAAAGAAGUAGAUUGCAAGGAAGCCCAUUAAAGAAACUUUUUACUGGUACUGGCUUAAAAAAACUGUCUGGAAAGAAACAUAAGGGGAAACGAGGAGAUGAUGAAAUAAAGCCAGAGGAAUCAGGGGAGCUUACACAAGUGUCAGUAGAUUCUCCAGAAACUCCAGAGGAACAAAAGGGUGAAAGUUCUGCUUCAUCCCCUGAAGAAUUGGCUGAGGCUAUCUCUGUAGAGAAGGGUAUCACAGAAGCACCACAAGAGGUUGAGAUUGAAGAAGAAGGUACUACUUCAGAUGGAGAGAGAAAGAGAGAAGGUGUUACUCCAUGGGCAUCUUUUAAAAAGAUGGUGACACCCAAGAAACGUGUUAGAAGGCUUUCUGAAAGUGACAAAGAAGAUGAAGUUGAGAAAGUAAAGAGUGCUACUCUAUCUUCAACUGAAAGUGCAGUCUCUGAUAAUCAGGAAGAGAUGAAAGGACAUGGGGAUGAUCAGAAGACAGAAGAACCAAAGCGUAAAGUUGACACUUCAGUAUCCUGGGAAGCCUUAAUUUGUGUAGGAUCUUCCAAGAAAAGAGCAAGGAAGUCAUCAUCUUCUGAUGAAGAAGGAGGGUCUAAAGUUGUUAGUGGAGAUUCCCAGAAAACAGAAGAUGUAGGAAAAAAAGAGUCUGGGACAGAAAUAACACAUAUGCAUUCCCAUGAAGGUGAUCAAGGGCAGAUAAAUUCUUCCCCUGAACUAGCUGGAAGCCCACUUGAAGGCGAGGGCAUUUCCACAUGGGUGUCAUUUAAAAGAUUAGUUACUCCAAGGAAAAAGUCAAAAUCAAAAAUGGAAGAGAGAAAUGAGGAAUCUGUAACUGUUUCUGGCAUAGAACAUUCUGCUUCAGAUGUAGAACCUGCGAAAGAAGAAUCUUGGGUUUCAAUCAAGAAACUCAUUCCUGGUCGAAGAAAGAAAAGGGUAGAUGGGAAACAAGAACAAGUUCCUGUUGAAGAAGACCAGAUGGGAGUUAAUGAAGAUGAUUCUGAUAUCCCAGCUGUUGUUCCUUUAUCUGAGUAUGAUGCAGCAGAACAAGAGAAACUUGAAGCCCAACAAGCAAAAAACACUGAAGCAGCAAAAACAAGUCUGCAGGAGGUGAAAUCUGGACAAGUAGAAGGUCCAGGAACAGAGGAGACCAUUGAGGGACUGGUUCAUGCAGUUAGUGUGACUGUUGUAGAGGGGGAGAGAGCAGUUACAAAUAUUGAAGAAAGGUCACCAUCUUGGAUUUCUGCUAAAAUUACAGAACCUGUUGAAGAAGAAGCAGAUCAACUGGAACAGCAGGCUGAGGAGAUGUUUGAAAAAGAAGUCUUUGUUGAAGUACCUGGUACUAAAACCUUGCCAGAUGUAAAAGACACUAGCAGUGACACGAUUGUUAGUGAGCUAGAGUUAACUUCUGAAGCAGUGACAGCACCAGAAGAGGCAGCAGAAAUAACAGAAGCCUCCUGUGCAGAAGAGACUGCUGAAAUGAUUUCUGCAGUUUCACAGUUGACUGACUCUCCUGAUACUACAGAAGAAGCUACGCCUGUGCAGGAGGUAGAAGAUGACACACCAGAUUUAGAAGCUCUUAAGCAACGAACUCAGGAAAUAAUCCAGGCAGUUAUAGAAAAAGUUAAGCAAUCAGAAGAAUCUGAGAUUACAGAAACGGUUGUUUCAGGAGGCACGCUUUUAACAAUUCAGAAUCUUGAAGCUAAAAUACCAGAGAAAGUGAAUGUGAAAAAAGCUGAACAAAGUGGUGAUCACCAAGAGAUCAACUUAGAAAUUGGAGAAGCAGCUGUGUUAGAUAACAGUAAAAUGAUGCAUGCUGAGAUGCAGGAACAGGUACAAGCAGCAAAAUCUGAAGGUAUAAUGAUUAAUGGUGGGCAGCAAGAAAUAAUUGAACAAACACCUUCAGAAACCUUUGAUAUUAGGGAAGUUGAAAGGAAUAUAGAGGUGAAGGAAUGUAAAUCAUAUAGUAGUUUCACAACUUACCAAGCUGAGACUACAGGUAUUGAAACAUCACAAAUUCCAAUGGAACAGGUAACGCCAGUUGAAAUAAAUACAGAUGAAGUUACUCUUGUGGUACAUUUUGAAGAUCAAAGUAUAAAACAGCAAGAAGGCAGAGAUGUUCGUGACUCUGUACCUGCAUUAGGAUCUGAAAUUGUAGAAACAACAGUGGUCACUGUAUCAAGUGAUAAGCCUCCAGAAAGUCCUGGUUUCCAGUCUUCACAGGGAAACAAAGAACAAUCUAAAGUGAAAGAAGUUCCAGUACCUACUGAGGAACAGAUAUUUGUGCAAAUGGUAGAGAACUUUUCAGGGACUGAAGUGGUUCAAGAUUCAGGACCUUUUGUUGAUCAGGAAAUGAAAGAUACGAUGACUGCAAAAGAACAGGUCUCUUUAGACACAGAAGUGAUGGAGUUACUUGAUCAGACAAAGAUAGACCAAGUUGAACUGAAAGAUGAAAAAUCUACUGAAAGAGACAAAUUGGAAUGAAAACAAUUCUGAAAAGGUUGAACUUCAGAUCAGUUCUUGCCCAGCAUCAGUGGAGGAAGAGGUCUCGGGUUCAGGAAGAGAUAGCGUCCUCUGAAGUUCUC